AUGGAGGACGUGACAGUCGCGAUUGUGGGAACUGGCCCAGCAGGACUCACUGCGCUCAAGAGUCUGCGGGAAGAGGGGUUUGAUGCUGUUGCUUUUGAACGGAGGGAGGCCGUUGGAGGGCUUUGGGCUUAUAGUUAUGAUCCUGAGUAUACGUCGGCGUUGGAUGAUACGAUGGCCAAUAUUAGCAAGUUUGUGGCAAGUCAUGGAAAUCCCAUAUUAACGACGAGGGCUGACAUGAGUUGUGUUUUUGCUUGUCGCAGUUUUCUUUGGCUAACAAAGCUAGAAUACCCCCCUUACCUAUCUCGCCGUCAAAUCCAUGAGUACUUUGAAUCCUACGCCAAGCAUUUCGAACUGCACAGGCAUAUCAGCUUUGGUACCACGGUGAAACAAAUUGACGACUAUAAAGGAAAAAGAGUCAUGGUCGUAGGCAUUGGAAACACGGGCUGCGAAGUCGCACUAAGUUUGCGCAAACACGCUUCCAAGACGUAUCAAGCGUAUCGUCGUGGCCGUAUGGUUGCCUCUAGAUAUGGAGACGAUGGCGUGCCUACAGACAGCCUGAUACCAUGGCCUAUCCUACGUCUCAAGUAUCUUUUGGACUAUUGGGUUCCAUGGCUGACGAACCCCUUUGUUGACAAAUUCAUGGUCAACAAGAUGAUCAAUGACGCAGCCAGACACGAACCGGUAUCUCCUGAUACACCAAAAAAGGAGAGGCUGAGGCUUGCUGAAGAAAAGGUCCGAGGCGAGUGGCGUCUCGUGCCUUGUCCGAGCUUGGCACACAAGCACCCGGCGUUGCAAGAAAACUUCUUCCCUGCCCUGUAUAGCCAAGAGAUCACCCCAGUACAUGGCUUCGUCGACUUUGUCGGAGACAAAAAGGUGAUACUGGGAAAUGGGCAGAUUGUGGAGGUUGACGUCGUCAUCUUUGCUACCGGCUACAAGCAUGACUUUUCCCUCAUGCCCGAGCUCGAAAUGGACGGCGCUGCUGGGUUUCCCCUGACCACGCCUGGAGAGGUUGAUGAUCGAAAGGAGCCUAGUCUUCCAAGGCUGUUUCAGAUGAUCUUUCCUCCAAAGUGGGCUUCUUCAGUGGCCUUUCUGAGCUGGAUGGCUCCCCAGGAGAAUGUCUGGUGUGUCUGUGAACUUGCUUCCAUGGCGGUGACACAGGUUUGGGCUGCGGAUGUUGCUCAGAAGAAAGAUCUGAAAGCGCCGGCUGGGUAUCGUCCUGCUUCUUUGCUGCCAUCAAAAGAAGAGAUGGACAAGGAGGUGGAUUCUUACCACGCUUGGUGGCGCAAACAGUGGACUGUUGAUCACUCUGGGCCGAUGAACAGCUACUCGUGGCGGUUAUUCGACACCAAUCCUUUGCAGAUUCCGGGCCGUGGGAGAAAGACUUGGUCAGGGGCACGAAAAGCGGUGGAAGAAGCUGUAAGUGAUGCCACCUUGUUGACGAUUUCCGAGCUGACGAGAUGCAGUGUCACAUUUUUGAGGAUUUUAAAGCAAAGCAGGGGAAAGUUGAGUAAGGACGUUAUUUUCUUGAGAAGCACGACUGAGCUGGACAAAGGCCGAUAUUCUCUACAGGACAGAUGGAUUUCUGGCAAUGAAACACGGAAACAGACGUUUGAUAUUCAUUAUUGA